AAUGAAUAGGAGAUACGAGAGUUGUUGAAUGAAAAGUUCAGAAUGUCCUCAAAAUGUUGAUGAGGUAUCGAGUAGUAGCAGGGAGAUUAUAGAAGAGUAUCAGUUCCCUAGCCAACACUCAAAGUCACUCUUCUCAGAUCCUUCUGAGAUAGAAAUAAUUGAAAUGGAAAUUAGAACCUCUCAGUACUCUCAUAAUGAGUCCAUGCUUGAAAAUUAUGAAGAUAAAUUCAAGUCGACUGAAUCGAUGUCAAUACCUGCAUCAGAAGGUGGACGUGUAAACUUGAUUCGAGAAGCUAAGGCACGUAUUGAUGCUACUAAAAACAAAGCUUAUUUUAAGAUGCCAAAACCUUUGAUGAACAACAGUGAUUUCAACAUGCACUUUUCACCUAGAGAGAUUACCCCUCCUUCAUCAGAUAGCGAAGAAAUUGACAAAGCUGGAGCAAAAACUAUUCAUGAAGAAACCAAGGAAUUCAGGUCUGGGAACCGUAGAGGGAAGAAGGUCUUUGAAAUGUUACCUAAAAAGAGCAAUUCAUCGAGUUCUAAACCUCACCAUAUUGGAGUAUCUGAUAGUGAUCAGGUAUCCAGAGAAGCAUCAGGCCAAGCUCAUUCUAGAACUCCUCCCAAAAAUGGGCUGGAGCAGAGCUGGAGCAAGCCGAUUGAAUAUCAACAAGAAAUAGCAGAACAUCAGUCUCAAGAGCAUAGCCAAAAGCACGGUCAGACUUUGGUUAAGUCCAAAACCAUAGAUGAGUCAGCAAAAUUCCAAAAUUAUGGGAAUUUUCCUGAAUCACAAACUCCAAAUAAAAAUUCUAGAAGGAGUAGCAAGUCAAGACGUGAUCAUAGCCAUGACUCUGGAGAAAAUCAAAACAUUAGGUGAAUCAAAUAAUAUCCUGAGCGAUAAAGCCAAUCAGCAAGCAUCUUAUUUAAACACAAACCCAACUCCCAAGCCUGCUUCCAUGCAAGAUAUCCACAACGACCAUGUCCUCAUCUCUCAGCUCACCGAGGCCCAACAGAGAAUACAAGAACAAGACUCUCUGAUAGUGACUCUGCGAUCAGACAUCAAGCAGCUCCAAGAUCUGCUUGAACAGAAAGACAACCAGUUCAAGUCACUGCACACUCAAAAAGUGGCAGAGGCGACUGAAAUGAACAAGUUCUACCAGGACAGACUCAAGGCCAAGCGCAUGGCUGGAGCAGGUGAGACUCCUCGCAUCCAGAUUGAAAACCAGAUGAUUCGCGAGCAGGUCCGGAUGUUGCUGGACGAUGCCAAAGAACGCACCCACGACAUCGGACGGCUCAAGAAACUCAUAGGCAUGUACGAAUUACAGAAAGAAGAGUUCGAGCAUAAGUUCACUCUGAUGCGCAACAAAGAAAUCAAGCUGGAGGCAGAACUCGACCAGGCAGCUGAGAAGUACAAAGCAGAGGAGGCGAAGAAUAGACAGUUGAAGAUGGAUUAUGAUGAGUUGAAGUUUCAGAUGCAGAGAGAUCAGAUAUUUAAAGAUAUUAAGAUUCCAAAUUACAAAUCAGAUUCAGACUUCUAUGAUGCAGCGGAUGAUUUUCUUGCUGAUAAAGUUUAUAAUCCUCCUAGUUUUAAAACAAUGGAAAUGGAUUACCCUAAUAUAAAUCCAGUAUUUAUCAACGACUCAAAUAAUAUUGAGACAAGACCAGAUGACAUGACAGAUGCUCAAAGCGCAUUGAGUGAUUUUCUAUACAGAAAGAAUAUGGACUCCACAAUGGCUGACUUCCUCAGAUGGGAUCCUAAGAAAGGUGGCUACACAGCUGUUAAAACCAGAAAUAACAUUGCCCCUUCGCACAAUAAAACUAGGAGUGUAAGUAAUCCUCCAGUUAGAAGUCAGCAUACUUUCCGUUUCGAUCCUCAAGUUUAUUAAGUAUAUCCCUAAUUUUGCUCAACUAUUUUUUA